AUGACUGUGCCCAUCAUAUACUCUCGCAGUCCGUCGUUGGAGGCCCGAGUAGAGGCAGCCACCAAGUCAUGGCCCUUUGCAGACCGGAUCCGUCCGUAUGUUGCCAGCGGCAUCAUCAUCGCUGAGACGUGCUAUUCGCACCUCACGGGAACCGACGCACAGGUCGCGAUAGCGCUCUAUACCGCCCUGAUGGUGACACUUGAUGACAGGGCGAUCUUCGACGAGUUGGGAGCGCAGGAAUUUCCCCGAAUGCUGUGUGACGGAUCUGCCCAUCGUGAUCAAGGGCUGCUCGGAGCGUUGACUAGGGUCCUCGUGGACCUCGGCCAACUGUUUCCUCCCUUCGGCGUGGGCUGUAUCGUCUCCUCCACACUGCGCUGGUUCACUGGCGAAAUGUCAGAUGACCCGGGCAAGCGUUUCUUCCUGGAAGCACAAUCAAAGAGCUUCGCUGAUUACCAGCGAUUCAUGACGGGUGUCGCAGAGCCUUAUGCUUCGUUCAUAUGGAGUAAAGAGGAUUUUCCGCAUGAAACUUCAUACAUACACAUACUUCCGGAAGCUUGCGUCUACAUGAUCCACAUCAACGACAUCUUAUCGUUCUACAAGGAAGAACUUGCAGGGGAGACGAACAAUUACAUACAUGCUCGCUCUCGCGCUACGAGCAAACUCCCACGCGAUGUGCUUUGCCAGUUGAUCGACGAGGUCGUAGCCGCAGCCGAACGAGUCCGCGACCACCUUGGUGAAGGCCCUGUCCGAGACGCAUGGGACAACUUCGAGGCAGGCUACAUCCACUAUCACAUCGGAAACCCUCGAUACCGGCUGCAGGAGGUUCUUGGUGCGGGGUUUAUGAUAGGUAACAGGACGGAUUGA